AUGGAAGAAGAGGAUGUAAAAGGGAAAGGGAAAAAAGAUAAACAAUAUAAAUAGAAUUAAUAAAAAGAUGAAGAAUCUGAUUCAGAGGAAGAUGAAGAUAAUAAUUAAUAAUAAGAUAAACAAUAAACUACAUAAAAUCCAUUCAGAUAAAAAUUAAAUGAAAUAUUGAAGUCUAAAGAUAUGUUCUAAAAAGGCCAGUUAAAAUGGAUAAUGAUGAUUUUCUUUUAUUACUUUGUGCUAUGA